UUUAGACUGAAUGAACAAGCGAGUGAGGAAAUUUUGAAAGUAGAACAGAAAUACAACAAACUCCGCCAACCAUUCUUCCAGAAGAGGUCAGAACUGAUCGCCAAAAUCCCAAAUUUCUGGGUAACAACAUUUGUCAACCACCCACAAGUAUCUGCACUCUUGGGGGAAGAAGAUGAGGAGGCACUGCAUUAUUUGACCAGAGUUGAGGUGACAGAGUUUGAAGACAUCAAAUCAGGUUACAGAAUAGAUUUUUAUUUUGAUGAGAAUCCAUACUUCGAAAAUAAAGUUCUCUCCAAAGAGUUUCAUCUGAAUGAGAGUGGAGAUCCAUCUUCAAAAUCAACUGAGAUCAAAUGGAAAUCUGGGAAGGACCUGACAAAGCGCUCAAGCCAGACACAGAACAAGGCCAGUAGGAAGAGGCAGCAUGAAGAACCAGAAAGCUUCUUUACCUGGUUCACUGACCACUCUGAUGCAGGUGCUGAUGAACUAGGAGAAGUCAUCAAAGAUGACAUCUGGCCAAAUCCAUUGCAAUACUACUUGGUUCCUGAUAUGGAUGAUGAAGAAGGUGAAGGAGAGGAAGAUGAUGAUGAUGAUGAAGAGGAAGAAGGGUUGGAGGAUAUUGAUGAAGAAGGAGAUGAAGAUGAGGGAGAAGAAGAUGAAGAUGAUGAUGAGGGAGAAGAAGGAGAGGAAGAUGAAGGAGAAGAUGACUAAUUAAACACUGAUGGAUUCCAACACCCAUCCCUUCUUUUCUUAUCUUUUAAUUUUUCUCCAGUCCCUGGGAGCAAGUUGCUGUCUUUUUUUUUUUUUUUCUUUUCCUUCCUCCCUUGUGCUCAGUCGCCUUGUUCUCUUGAGGUCUCUUUUUCUCUCCUCUACACCAUGGUUCACCAUUUAUUUUGGGGGAAAUACCCUGAGCAGAAUACAGUGGAAAAUAAAAUCUCUACCAGUUUCUGUUCCAAGUUCAUUUUUAUCCCUUUCUGUCUAAAAACAAAAACUGUUUAUGGAAUCAACACACCAUGUUCUGUGGGAAAAAAGAAAACCUUCUGCUCCCUUCACUCUGCUGGAAGCUGAAGAGUGCUAGGCCCCUGUGUAGUAGUGCAUAGAUUCUAGCUUUUUUCCUUCUUUCUCUGUAUAUUGGGCUCAGAGAUUAGUGUCUCUAUGUGAAUAUGGACAGUUAGCAUUUACCAACAUGUCUGUCUACUUUCUCUUGUUUAAAAAAAAUUAAAAAAC